AGACACGGAAGUAGAGAAAGCGAGGAGAAGGAAGAGGACGUCAAAUACUUCGACAGACAGAGAGAAAAAGGAAGAGGGAGUUAGCGGGAAAGAGAAAGAGCCAAAGAGAGAGAAAGAGAAAGAGAGAAGAGGGAGGGUGGUUGGGGUGGGGGAAAAAAGAAGCGGCCGAUGAUUCAAAGGACCGGAAGUCAGUGGUCCUCUCUCUUCCGGAUCUUUCUCGAAUUGCAAGCUUCUUUUUCGCAAUCUUGAAGACGCAUCUCUUACAACAAACUUUGCAUUGCCCUCAAACACCCUCAGUGCGAUAUGAUCAUGAGGAUCAAGCGCACGUCACGAUCGUCGUGGUUGCGUGAUUUUGAAGCCGUACCUUCGCUUUGCAAGACGUGUCAAGAAACGCAACAUCGAGAAUAAUUCUACGACAAGAACGCAACAAUCGAGAAGAACGAAGAACUUUGCGUGUGGCAAAUAAAUCUUCCGCAAGAGAUGUGAUCGUUUUUCAAUAUUAUUCUAUUGACAUCAGUCCUGAAAAAAAAAUCUAGUCUUUAGGGAAAACUGCGAAAAUAUCGUGGAAAUUGAUUCGAAGAUUUCAAGAGAAUCUACGAUAUUCUGCGAGCGAAUAAUCACACGUCGCAAUGUCAAGUUUUAUUGGAUGGAUGGACAAGGGAGUCGCGCGGUAAAGGUGACAGUUCGCGUGCUAAUAUUUGAAUACAAAGGUAUAUCUGAAAUCUAAUAGAGGACAUACACGGUGAAUUCACGACGAUUCGCGUCCUAUCAAUUUCGCAGUCGACUCGGUGAAUUCGUGAACAUUGCUGUUGCAUUUCGUUUCGCGGUUUUUAUCGAUAAUCAGUGAGCAGAGCGGGCAAAGGAAACAUAAUUGGUAAUCUUCCGAAGUGUGCUACCAGGUGCUGAGGGGAUGGAAAUGCGUUCCGUUUUCGUGGCGAUCUGCCUCCUUCUCGUCACUCCUAUCACCGGUUCUUUCUGGACCGUAGGAAGCACACUGGUCAUGGAUCCGAUGCUCGUCUGCAAGAAAACACGGAGGCUGAAGGGGAAACUCGCUGACAUUUGCCGUAAGGAACCAUCCCUGUUGAAAGAAAUUGCGAAAGGUGUUCAAGUAGGUACUAGGGAAUGUCAAUACCAAUUCCGGAACCGAAGGUGGAACUGUACAACCAUCAGAAGAUCUCUCAAGAAGAUGCUGCUCCGCGAUACGCGGGAGACGGGUUUCGUGAAUGCCAUCACCGCCGCUGGAGUUACUUAUGCGAUUACGAGAGCCUGCACUAUGGGUGACCUCGUGGAAUGUUCUUGCGAUAAGAUGACGUCGAAGGGUAAUCGUUUGGCUAAAUUCGUACGCGCAGCCAAAGCUCAGAAAAGUUUGCCAGCGGAGGGAGAAUGGGAAUGGGGUGGGUGCGGCGAUAACGUGAACUUCGGCUUCAGAAAAUCUCGAGAUUUUAUGGAUGCGCCUUAUCGUAAACGGAGCGACAUUAAAACGCUAGUAAAGCUUCAUAACAAUGAUGCUGGACGUUUGGCUGUACGCAACUUUAUGAAGACCGAGUGCAAAUGUCACGGGCUUUCCGGUUCCUGCACGGUGCGCACUUGUUGGCGCAAAAUGCCACCGUUCCGGGAGGUCGGUAAUCGCCUGAAGGAGUCCUUUGACGGCGCGGCCAAGGUCAUUCCCAGCAACGACGGUCACAAUUUCAUCACCGAGGGUCCCACGAUCAAGCCGCCCGGUAGAUUCGAUCUGAUCUAUAGCGAAGACUCGCCGGACUUUUGCAAGCUGAAUCGCAAGACCGGCUCGCUGGGGACGGCGGGUCGUCAAUGCAAUGCGACUAGUCCUGGAAUCGAGGGCUGUGAGUUGCUCUGCUGCGGCAGAGGUUACGAUACGAGAGUCAUCAAGGAGAAGAUCAAUUGCCAGUGUAGGUUUCGAUGGUGUUGCGAGGUCACGUGCAACACUUGCCUUGUCAAGAAGACCGUCAACACUUGCCGCUAGAGUGUCGACGUAAGUGAAAAACUUUUGACAUAACGAUAUAAAUAUAGGUGUAUAACAAUCUCGAGAGAAUAUUUCGAGUUGAUUUUGCAUCGGUUUUGCACGUUAAAGUAGAUUAAGGAGAUACAAAGUACCGAGAGGAAUGAUUUAUAUUUUUUGUUCGAGUCUCAUUGUGGAUGGGGGUCAUAAUGAUACGACUCAGAAUAUAAUUAUAGUCGAAGUUGCGGAAUUUUGGAGAGAGUGUUAAAUGUUAAAAAUUGUGCAUUUUUUAUCAAUGAAAAAGAAUAUUCACGAAUAUUCAAUCAAACUUUUUCUUAUUGUCUCACUAUCAAUUUUUUGGAGAGAGUAUUAAAUGUUAAAAAUUGUGCUUUUUUAUCAAUAAAAAGGAAUAUUCACGAAUAUUCAAUCAAACUUUUUCUAGUUGUCUCGCUAUCAAUUUCUAUAAGAGACGUUAAUGAUGAACUUACAAUUAUUGCAGCAUUCAAGCCAUUUGAUAUAUCAUUGCGUGUGUAUUAAUUGGCUGGCAUAUGAAGCAUGUUUUUUUGAGAUUGUUCAAUACUGAUGCUUAACGCGAUGGUUAAAACUUUUCGAUUUUUAUCAAGACUGCUAUCGCUAUCGAUGCAAUCUUCCCUCGGUACGCUCGUGAAAAUGCUCGAUUACAUAAUAACGUUUUGUAAUAUAUAUGAAUUUUUAGGAUUACGGCUCGAUCGUGAAUGUUUAUAGACGAAUGUUCAGAUGAUCAUGUGAUUUACGAUUUACCGUGAUCGAGACUUUCGGUCUCAGUUAAAUCUAGGUUACUAGAUAUAUGCGUUUAGGAUUUCUAACAAGAUUUAUCGUACGCGCGAACGCGAGAAGCGGAGUCGAGAACGUCAGUAGUGCAUGCGCGUGCUGAGUCAGACGCGAGUUGCGAUGCAACUAGACGCGAUUCUUCUUUGCGUUUUGCGGGACAAUAUGUAUCUUCGACUGUGUAUCUAUGAAUUGACGGUAACUGUAAAACCGGAUAUUUUUGAUAUAGAAUUUGAUGUACUAGAUCUUAUCGAUAAAAUAUUAACGUUGACAAUAUAGGUUGCAGUCAAAGAUUUUUAUUGUUAUAAUCGGGAUCGGUUCUACAUUCAUAUCGCCCUCCAGAUUUUUAUUAAACUGUUAAUUUCUUCAAACUUUGGUAAAAUAAUUUGCAAUGUUAAUUAAAGAUUAAUUAAUUAAUUAAAAAUAUUUUUUUCUAAUUUUAGCGACAACAAACUGUCUCAAUAUUCUCAGGAUUAAACCUUAUUAAUCUAUUUUUCAUAUCUUUAAUAAAGAAAUUUGAAUAUAUUUUAAUGAGAAAAACGAAUCGUUUUGACGAGGUCUAACGGGUUUUUGUUAUGUAAAAUCGAUCCUACGUAUAAUAGUUGUUAUCAACAUCGCUGAUGUUGUUGACGCGAGGUGAUAGUUUUUUUUUUUUUUUACUCGUGCUGAAGCUUUCCACGUAUCUCCAGUGCUCGUAAUACAUAUUAAUACGCACGUGUAGUCGUAUGAUGAAUUUAUGUAAAAUAUAUCCGUCGGACCAUCAUAACGCGCCGGUAUUCGCAUAGUAAUGUCCGGUGAAUCGCUUUUCUGCUUGAAUCGCCGCGAGGUCGAGCUUCGAGCAAAAUCCCGAGUGAUCAAUUCGACAUUAACGGCAUAUCAAAAACAUCUCGACGUUAUGUCGUAUCGAGUUUUUAUGCAAAUUUUCUCUUGUUGAUUAUACAGUUGGAAAACUCGGGAUCUUGCUUUCGCUUCGCGCGCGCGCCUGUGUAUCCAAUUAUGUUGCUUUUUUUUUUCUCGCGUGAUAUAUAAGCUUUGUGCCAUACGUUGCGGUUCGAUCGAUCGAUAUUUGUCAAGCAUGUACCGAUCAACGAGCUUUACACGAGCUUCUUCUGUUUCUCAAAUAAUUACUUUUUAUCGGCUAACGAACCUUAUCGCGUCACAGGGCUUCCCUUUUUGUGUACAUAAGACUGAAUUUAUUAAUGUUUGCACUCUUGCGUAAUAUGAGUUAGGUACGGAAAAAAAUUGUACUUGGACGAAUCUCGUUUGUUACUAUUAAGAUUUAUUAGCAGUGACGACUUAUUUUAGGAUGCGAACAUAUAUAGAAGGAAGAAAUAUAUGAUUAAUUUGAAAUUUUAGUAUUUAACUUGUGUAUUCAACUCCACUUCGAACGAUCCUUCUAUGAUUAUCCUUCGCGCUAUUAUUAUUUCAGGUAAGUGUGAAAUUAUGCUAUACAAUUUUAAUUACGACGAUAUCUCGUAAUGUUUAAUAGGUAUAUAGUGAUCCGACAAGUAUAGAGUAUAUUAUUGCACAUUCAAAAUUUUUGAAAUCUUUUUUUCUCUUCAAAUAUUUAACUUAGAUAGUAGAGAUAAAUUUAAAAAAGGUGAUGAAGAGAUAUCGGUGUUAUAAAAUUUAUUCUGUUUGUACAUUAGUUUCGUUUUCUCUUUAGAGUUUGAGAUUGAGCGUGUCAACAGUCUUCAGGCCUUUGUUAGUGUUAGAUAUUUGCCAAGUUUGUUUUUCUCUCUGAUUUUGUUGAUAGCUAUUAUUUGGAUAGGACAUUGGAUAAAAAAAAAAAUCUUUUGUUAAACUUUGAGUAAAAAAGAAGCGCUAAAAGAUUAAUCUCGAAAGACGUCCUCAAACGACGAGGAAUUUUUUUGGUACCUACGUUCUCACGUGCCUGAAGACAUGGUAAUAGGGAUAAAUUAAGGAAACACCGAGGUCUCGUAUAUCAAGGUAUCGUGUAAAACACGAACUUUUACCUGUAAUUCAGGUUUAUACACGACAGUCGACAAUCGAGCAGUAAAGGACUACCACCAUUUCUUGUAAAAUAGUUUUACGGCCACCGUCAAAAGAGAGGAAUUUCGCAUAACCAUAAAGUUGCCGAAGACUCGCGUCAUAUCGCGUGCACUCGGCGCGUUUCGACGAUAACGGAAGCCAUAAACUGAAAAAAAAGCGAGCCUUUUCCUGUCUUCCAUGCUUUAUUUUUUAUUACAUUUUCCGCCCUGUCGACAGUUUUUUCAAAUCUAAAUUUCUGGAAAUUAACAGAUUUUCUUUUUGAUUUAUGAAUAUUGCAGAGAGUUUAGUCUUGUAGUUAUAGUGUUGAGAUUACUAAUUUUUAACAAACAGAUUAAAAUAUAUUUAUGAAGUGACAAAAUAAUGAAAUAUUUAUGAAAAUAAUAUCAUUUUUACGUUUGUACAGAACACUAAUUAGAAUUUUAAUUAAUUUUCCAAUGACGCAACUUUUAGAAUCUUUAGACUUACAAUUAGAUAUAUUUUUCAGAGAAGAUUUAAUUCGUCUUUUUAUCUUUUUUCAAUUUUUUAAUUAAGGAGAGAAAAGUUUUUUAUAUAUUGUGUGUGAUUUUUAUUAUAACAACGAUUUUAUACAUUAUAUCUAUACUUCCAGAUAAUACAUAUUAUAAUUACAAAAUAAUUAGAGAGAAAGCGAUAAUCUAAUAACAAACAAACAGCGGUUUUCACAGCAUCUGUUAAAUUGCUGUGUCUGACUGAUGAUAUUCACAGUAUAAAUUUUCCGCAUAACAUCACGAACGUCCGAGAUUACUCGGGAUUAACUUGGCGAUUCACCACCA